AUGAUAGUAUUUAACUCGUUAGAUAAUGUACUACCUGCAAGAGAUGAUGCCAAUUCAUCGCUCAACUCCAUAAACGGCAGGGUUGUACUUGUUCAGUCCAGUGGCCAAAUCAAUAAUAUUUCUUUCACAUUUGAUAUUUUAAAUGAUACACUUGGAAACCCUAAAUGUGUCUUUUGGAACUUUAGCCUCUUUGAUGGUCUGGGAGGAUGGGAUGGCAAGGGCUGCGAUUUAGUGUUAAACCUAAAUGAAACAGAAACUGUCACCUGCAACUGCAACCACCUGACCUCAUUCUCCAUCCAAAUGUCACCGAACAGUCCGAAGAAACUCUAUUUGGACAUUAUAACCUACAUUGGAGUUGGCAUUUCAAUGGGAUCCUUGGUCAUAUGUCUGAUCAUUGAAGGCCUCAUUUGGAGAAAAAUAAGAAUCAAUGAACCCUCUUACUUGCGUCAUGUUGCCAUUGUUAACAUCACCGUUUCCCUCCUGGUUGCAAACAUUUGGUUUAUAAUUGGAGCAGCCAUUUCAGAUGCAGAAGUUAAAAACCCCCCAGCAUGCACUGCAGCUACCUUUUUUAUUCAAUUUUUCUACCUAGCCCUGUUCUUCUGGAUGCUGGCCUCAGCUAUGCUGCUGCUCUACCGUACAACUAAUGAUGCUGGGGGUUUGUCUAAAGCAUCUAUGCUGGCCAUUGGAUUUUUUCUAGGCUACGGGGCUCCUCUAAUCAUUGCAACAGUAACUAUAGCUGCAACUGCACCUGACAACGGUUACAUCCAAGAAAAUACCAUAUGCUGGCUCAACUGGGAUAAGUCCAAAGCUCUGCUGGCAUUUGUGAUUCCUGCCCUUUCAAUAGUGGUGAUAAACCUCAUUAUCCUGGUUGUGGUUUUGUACAAAAUUAUAAGGAGAACGGCUGGAACAACAACAGCAGAUGAAAGGCAUGUCUUAGUGGUUAUUGCCACGACCUUGGCUGUGCUCACACCAUUUUUUGGCAUAACUUGGGGUUUGGGAGCUGGAAUUCUGGCUGAUCCAACAAAUGAAGGAAUCCAUAUUGCAUUUGCAUUCUUCAAUUCGCUACAGGGCUUCUUCAUUUUGGUGUUUGGAACACUGCUGGACCGUACG